AACACCCAUAGUUUUUUUUUUUUGUUGAAAAUGUGCCUUAUUAAUUAUUCUCCUAUCCCCCCACCUACAAUUUCAAGCUUUCUUCUCCUUUUUAUACUCAAAAAAUUUCUCAUUUUUGUAUCAAACAUACACAAAAAAAAAAAUAUUGAGAAAAAAAAAAUCUUUUUUGUUCCAAUGGAUUAUUCAUUUUCAACUUCUUCACUUUCACCUUAUUAUCAUCUCAUUUUCACAAUUUUAGCUUUUGUUAUUUCAUGCUUAAUUUUCUUGUUCUCCAAAAAAAAUCAAUCAAAAAAACUAAAAUUACCACCCGGUCCACCGGGAUGGCCGGUAGUAGGUAACCUACUACAGGUCGCACGUUCUGGAAAACCAUUUUUCCAGUACGUGCGUGAACAUCGUCAGAAGUACGGUCCGAUUUUCACCCUAAAAAUGGGUACAAGGACCCUGAUCAUCGUCAGCAAUGCUGACUUGGUCCACGAAGCAUUGGUUCAGAAAGGUCAGAUUUUCGCGAGCAGGCCUCGCGAAAACCCUACUAGGACAAUAUUUAGUUGCGACAAAUUUACGGUCAAUGCGGCCGUAUACGGGCCGGUUUGGAGGUCAUUGCGGAAAAAUAUGGUCCAAAACGGGCUUAGUUCAAUAAAGCUAAAAGAGUUUCGGGCUGUACGAAAAAGCGCUAUGGAUAAGAUGAUAGAGAAAAUUCGGGCCGAGGCGGAUGCACAUGACGGCAACGUAUGGGUGUUAAAAAACGCCCGUUAUGCCGUCUUCUGCAUCCUCGUGGCCAUGUGUUUUGGGGUCGAGAUGGAUGAAAAUUCGAUAGAGACGAUUGAUCAAAUGAUGAAAGCCGUUUUAAUGACACUUGACCCAAGAUUGGAUGAUUAUUUACCAAUAUUAAGCCCGUUUUUUUCUAAACAAAGAAAAAGGGCCAAGGAUGUAAGAAAAAAACAAAUUGAAACAAUUGUUCCAAUUAUUGAAAAAAGAAAAAAGAUUUUACAAAAUCCAGAUAUUGAUACAACUGCAGCUUCAUUUUCGUACCUUGAUACACUUUUUGACCUCAAAGUUGAAGGUAGAAAUUCAGCACCGACGAAUUCAGAGCUUGUUACAUUAUGUUCGGAGUUUCUUAACGGAGGGACAGACACAACGGGGACGGCGAUAGAGUGGGCCAUAGGAAGAAUUAUCGAAAAUCCAAGUAUACAAUUGCGAUUAUACGAAGAAAUAAAAAACGUUGUUGGUGAAAAGAAGGUUGAUGAAAAGGACAUAGAGAAUAUGCCAUAUUUAACCGCGGUAAUAAAAGAAUUAUUACGUAAGCAUCCGCCUACGUACUUGUCAUUGACUCAUGCGGUAAUCGAGCCAGCUAAAUUAGGUGGAUAUGACAUACCUACGGAUGCAAAUGUGGAGAUUUUCUUACCCGGGAUAUCAGAUGACCCGAAGUUAUGGUCCGAUCCGGAGAAGUUUGACCCGGAUAGGUUUUUUCUGGGUAAGGAGGACGCGGAUAUAACAGGUGUAUCGGGUGUGAAAAUGAUACCGUUUGGUAUGGGCCGGAGGAUUUGCCCCGGUUUGAAUAUGGCUACGGUUCAUGUGAGUCUGAUGUUGGCCCGAAUGGUUCAAGAAUUCGAAUGGUCCGUUUACCCGGAAAAUACUAGGGUUGAUUUUAGUGAAAAAUCGGAAUUUACUGUGGUGAUGAAAAAUACUUUAAGAGCUAAAAUUAAGUCGAGAAUGUAAGUGGUUGUGGUGGGGUGGUAAGUAGUUUAAUGUAUUUUGUUAUUUAUUUUGAUUGUUUUUUUUUUGGGGGGGGGGGGGUGAAUUUUAUAUUUUAUGACUUUUUUUAAUCUUAUUAAAGUCUAAUUUUGUUAUUUUAUUGUUUUAUAGAAAUUGUGACUUGUUAUAAAAUAGUACUAAUAAUAAAUUGAGAAGAAUUAAAUAAAGACAUCGAAGUAUUUUUUUAAA